UUGAUAGUUUCUAAGUUUCCCUUUGAACUUUUCAAUGUUCCCUUCCCUCCAUCGGAAGUGUAAAAUUCGAGUCAAUCAAAAUUUUGAAGACUUGACCCGUGACUUUCGGAUAUAAAUUUAUCUAUAUUAUGCAUACUCUGUGACGAUGUGAGUAGGAGGUUUCGCCACGACUUUUUGUGCGCAUCGACGUUAUGCCUCUUACAAAGUAAUUUAUAAUCAACUCAUUCAGCUGCCUCUCCUGUUUUUGUAACAAUGGACCAUUAAUCCUUGACGAAGCACUUCAUACUACGUUCAUGGCCCCCAAUUUGCGGAAAUUAAGAGCAGGCACGGCUCAGCGAGCGAGAUUCAAGCCUAAACUGCGCACUCUGAAAACCACAGCCAAACGUACACGCAUUGUGAGCCCCAAGCCUGAAGUGCCUGAUAUUACCAGGUCUACCAAGAAGAUCAAAGCCAAACCUGUAGAUGCCAAGCCCAAAGCGAAGGAGAAAGAAAAGCCCAAAUCUGUGCCUCCUAAGCCCACACGACCUUCUUUUGAGAGUAUUUUAUUGAGGCAUCUGACAGAAAAACAGCGAGGACAAUUCUCGAAAGACUUCAGAGAAAAGAUUAAUAAACUUGGGAAAUCGCUGAUAGAAUUGGCUGCAGUUAAGAAAGAAUUCCGGGAUACUGACGCGAAAGUCGCACAACUGGAGGAGACGUACGGCCGGACGAUGAAAAUCCAGAAUGUCUGGCAGUAUCAAGAGCGGGCUGGAUUGGCCGCUGUUCUGGGCAUGGAUCCACAGUCCAUUAUGAACACUCCCCAUGUGUUCCGCGACGAACACAGGCUGUUGUAUAAUUCGGCUUACCCGCGCAAUCGCCAUCGGUCGCCGGAGAAAUUCGCAUCCCCAUCGACAUCUUCCCGCUCCGCAUCUCAACCGCCUCCGCGCGCUCGUACUCGCUCGCAGCUUCAUGCGGAACAGAUUAAGAAGUUCGGAUUAAGCACUUCGGAUGACGAAGAUUGAAAUGUGUGGAAAAGGCGGACUGUUGGUUCGGCUAAAGUGUAAUGUUCCUGCAGUUGUUCAUGGGAAAUUUAGGACUACCUCUACAUAUAUACUAUGUUUAAUUGGUUGGUUGGUAUUUUCUUAGUUUUCGUGUGUUUUGUUUUCACGGCGUGUAGUACUUUUAUUUCAGUAUUCUGCAAACCUGGUAUACGUAGUUUCGCAAAAGCUCGACUUUAUCGUUAUCUUUGGUUGGUUUUAUCGGAUGCUUAAGCGUCAGAUUGGGUUAACUGGGGUUUUACAUUUUUUAAUUGUUGUGGUUUAUUUUAGCGUUCUUUGCUGUUUUUUUUACCGAAGCAGUUUUUUUAGCAGCACAAUAGCUGUUGUGGAACGGAUUAAAAAUUGAAUCUCUUUUAGUACAUUGAAGU